CACAAUUAAGCAGAAAGGACAGGAGCCUCGACCGCGACGCUGCCAUGCAGACGCUACUUUAUUCACAUGCCCCUUCUGCACAACUGACGUGUGUAAGCCAAGACAGUACCAUCAAAUAAUGACCCAUUUAGCUGGGCAUAAACUGAGAGCAGUUGAAUAUGGAGAUCAUGUUAUAUACAGCUGUAACGUUGGCUGUGGCAAAAAGGCCAGACAUUUUCACUGCUGCAAGUGUCCCAAGAUUUACAUGAAUAAAGGUGCCAUAAAAAAGCAUCUUUGUAGCGCUCAUCCAAUAGCUACUUGCAAUCCAGAACCACAACCUGUAAGUCACCCACUCCAAGAACCUCCUUCACAACAACAUCCAGCAUCUCAUCCAACACCAGAACCUCAUUCACACCAACAACCAGCAUCUCAUCCACCACCAGAACCUCCUUCACAGCUACGACCAGCAUCUCAACCACAAGAACUUGAUUUGCAGCAAGCAGCACCUUCAGCGAUUGGGAGAAAGCAGAUCUCUGUGCAGUGUCCUAGUAGGCACAUCACAAUUAAGCAGAAAGGACAGGAGCCUCGACCGCGACGCUGCCAUGCAGACGCUACUUCAUUCACAUGCCCCUUCUGUGCAACUGACGUGUGUAAGCCAAGACAGUACCAUCAAAUAAUGACCCAUUUAGCUGGGCAUAAACUGAGAGCGGUUGAAUAUGGAGAUCAUGUUAUAUACAGCUGUAACGUUGGCUGUGAAAAAAAGGCCAGACAUUUUCACUGCUGCCAGUGUCCCAAGAUUUACAUGAAUAAAGGUGCCAUAAAAAAGCAUCUUUGCAGCGCUCAUCCAAUAGCUACUUGCAAUCCAGAACCACAACCUGUAAGUCACCCACUCCAAGAACCUCCUCCACACCAACAACCAGCAUCUCAUCCACCACCAGAACCUCCUUCACAGCUACGACCAGCAUCUCAACCACAAGAACUUGAUUUGCAGCAAGCAGCACCUGAUCCACAAGAAUUAGCAGCUUCUCCAGCGAUUGAGAAAAAGCAAAUCUCUGUUCAGGUUCCACUUAGGCACAUCACAGUUAAGCAGAAAGGGCAAGCACCUCGACCACGACGCUGCCAUGCAGACGCUACUUUAUUCACAUGCCCCUUCUGUACAACUGACGUGUGUAAGCCAAGACAGUACCAUCAAAUAAUGACCCAUAUAGCUGGGCAUAAACUGAGAGCGGUUGAAUAUGGAGCUGUAACAUUGGCUGUGGUAAAAAGGCCAGACAUUUUCACUGCUGCAAGUGUCCCAAGACUUACUUCAAGAAAAGUGAGCUAA